AUGGCUCGUGUGAUAACUCAAGGGGCUUCGAAAGCGACUGCAACGGUAAUGGAAAACGUUGAUAUGAAGCUGAAAUCUAAUCGAAAAUAUAGCUUGUCUGAAAUGCUUCACACAUUCACCACUUUCGAGGCGUGGCAGAUCAAAACCACCCGUGAUCCAUCGACAUUUUCUUCUACCAGUUGCGACGAUAAGACUGAAGAACAAGGUGAACAAAUUGAAAUCAAUCUUGUUGAUAUUAAGAAACGGUUGGAAAUGGAGCCAUUAAUUGAGUGGAAGAUGGAGGCAUUGGAGACGAAAUUAUCUUCAGCUCAGGAGGACUUGUCUAUGAAAGAAUCUGAGAUUGACGCCCUAAGGGCCAAAUUAUCUGCCUUGAAUUCUAUUCUAGUUUCGAAAAAUAGUGAAUUGGUGCAUAUGGAGAAUACAUUGGCUUCGAAAGAUGACGAAUUGAAACAAAUGAAAGAUGAUCUGGCCUUGAAAACUUCAGAGAUACACUCCUUAGAAUCCAAGUUAUUGUCAGUACCAAUCAAGAUCGGCG